UGCGACAUCACAGCUUUUUCUCGUUACCUAAACCUUUCUCUCUCUCUUGCAAUCUCCUUCUUCCAUAUUCUAGAAUUUUCCUCUACUUUCCCCUUUUUUUUUUCUCGGAACUUUUCCGAUCUCACUGAUUCCUGAUUCUGUGUUCGAUUCAGAAUCCAAAAAACCACUGCAAUAAGAGUGGUUGAAGUUUUUGAUACAAAAUUUGAACUGCAUGAACUGGUUCGGGAAGCUGGUUUUAUCAUCGAACUUGAAUUUCAAUCACUUUGUUACUUGUUUGUUGGUAUUUUUUCUCCAUUUUUCUCCUCAAUCGUUUUGUUGUCAGCAAUUUGCGUUAUGGAAUCAGGAAAUAAGAGUAACACCAAAUUAACCAGAGCUCUUUGCUAUGGCAAUGUUAGCAGUGUGCAAGAGAGGUCACCAUCUGUUAUUGUCAUUGGUGGUGGCAUGGCUGGGAUUGCUGCUGCACGUGCACUUCAAGAUGCUUCCUUUCAGGUUGUUCUCUUAGAAUCUAGGGAAAGAAUUGGUGGCCGAAUUCACACUGAUUACUCGUUUGGCUUUCCCGUUGACCUUGGAGCAUCAUGGUUGCAUGGUGUUUCUAAGGAGAAUCCACUUGCUUCAGUGAUUGGGAGACUGGGGCUACCCCUUUACCGUACAAGUGGGGAUAACUCCGUGCUCUAUGAUCAUGAUUUGGAAAGCUAUGCACUUUUUGAUAUGGAUGGGAAUCAAGUUCCCCAGGAAUUGGUAACAAAAGUUGGUGAAGUAUUUGAGACAAUUUUAGAGGAGACAAAUAAAGUAAGAAAUGAAUUCAGCGAAGACAUGUCCAUACAGCGUGGUCUUUCCAUUGUUUUUGAAAGGAAGCCAGAAUUGAGGUUGGAGGGGCUUGCCCAUAAGGUACUGCAGUGGUAUUUAUGCAGAAUGGAGGGCUGGUUUGCUGCUGAUUCUGAUACAAUUUCACUGAAUGGUUGGGAUCAGGAAGUACUUCUCCCUGGUGGUCAUGGUCUUAUGGUCAGGGGCUACUUGCCUGUUAUAAAUACCCUAGCCAAGGGUCUUGAUAUUCGCCUGGGUCACAGGGUCACAAAUGUUGUUCGGAGAUAUAAUGGAGUAAAAGUGACGGUGGAAAAUGGGAAAACAUUCAUUGCUGAUGCUGCUAUUGUUGCUGUUCCUCUUGGUGUCCUUAAAGCAAAGAGGAUAUCAUUUGAGCCAAAGCUCCCGGACUGGAAAGAAGCUGCUAUUGCUGAACUUGGGGUUGGACUUGAAAACAAAAUUAUUCUACACUUUGAGAAUGUAUUUUGGCCUAAUGUGGAGUUCUUGGGAGUAGUUGCAGAUACAUCUUAUGGAUGUAGCUACUUCCUCAAUCUCCACAAGGCUGCGCGUCAUCCUGUCCUCGUUUACAUGCCUUCUGGGCGGCUUGCCAAAGACAUUGAAAAAAUGUCUGAUGAAGCAGCUGCUAACUUCGCUUUUGUACAGCUCAAAAAGAUCCUUCCUGAUGCUUCCUCACCGAUUCAGUAUCUUGUGUCUCGGUGGGGCUCAGAUAUAAAUUCACUGGGUUCGUAUAGCUAUGAUCAAGUAGGGAAACCACACGAACUGUAUGAGAGGCUCCGAGUCCCAGUAGAUAACUUGUUUUUCGCAGGGGAAGCAACAAGUAUGAGCUAUCCAGGGUCUGUCCAUGGUGCAUACUCGACUGGAAUGAUGGCAGCUGAAGAUUGCAGGAUGCGUGUGCUGGAGCGAUAUGGGGAGCUGGAUUUGUUUCAGCCAGUGAUGGGAGAGAUGGCCUCAUUGACUAUCCCACUUCAGAUAUCUCGUAUGUAAAAUCGUCAUUGGUCGCCACUCGCCACCAUUCCUAUUGGUCGCCAUUGCUUCGGUCACAUUAUUGAUUGACUAAUUGCAACCAUUUAGGCAUAGUCUCUAAGUAAACGUCUCUUAUGCAGUCAUAUAUUGUGUGGUACUUAGUUAAUGUUGUGAAGAUCUGGUAAUAUAUGAAUAUAUUUAGCAAAGGCUAUCCACCUCUAUAGUUUGGAUAAGCUUAUCUGGAAAUGGCAGAUGUACAUCAUAUCCACCUAUAUAUAAUAUAUUUUCAUAAUAAUAAUGCCUUGUACA